UACAAAUGUCCGAAUUUCGGGGGUUGUCUGGGAAGAGAAGCGGUUUCCAUGGUGAUGGCGGCCUAGCUGCGAGACAGCUCUGGUGAGAGCCCCGCUGUGCUGGAAGGUCGUGAUUUAUUACUAUGGAAAUUCUAGGAGUUUUAGAAGCAGAAGAUGUGCCGAAAGCAUCUAUGUGGUAUGCUUUAGCUCCCAGCGGAGAAGCCCCGAGCCCUCGUGUCGGUCAUACAUGUCUGUAUGUACCUGCCUCUGAUGCCCAAGGAAAGGGAAAAGUGGUCAUCGUUGGAGGGGCAGAUCCUGGGUGCUGCUACUCUGAUGCGCACAUCAUAAAUUUAGAUACCUAUGAAUGGGAUAACCCUGACUGGAAGGAUCUGCUACCACGCUACGAACAUGCCUGCUUUACUUCUGCCAGUGAUCCUACUACAAUAUGGGUGUUUGGUGGAGCCGAACAGGCAGAGAACAGAAACAGCAUUCAGGUAAUUAGACCAGAAAGCUGUUCUUGGAAAAACCCGAAUGUAGAAGGACCUUGUCCAUCCCCGAGGACGUUUCAUACAUCCUGUUCUGCCAUUGGGGAUAAGUUCUAUGUUUUUGGAGGAGGAGAGAAAGGCGCCGAACCCGCUGCAGACAACAAACUCCAUGUGUUUGAUACAAGCAGCCUGACAUGGACGCAGCCUGUGAUAUCUGGUAAUCCGCCUAAGCCACGUCAUGGACAUAUUAUUACAGCUGUAGGAACCAAGCUAUUCAUUCAUGGUGGGAUGGCAGGCAGCUCUUUUUUUAGUGACAUGUUCUGCAUUGACACAGAUACUAUGAAGUGGGAGCGGCUAAAAACGAACGGAGAUCUGCCUCCUGCUUGUGCUGCUCAUUCUUCAAUUUCCUGGAAAAAAUUCAUUUAUAUCUUCGGUGGGAUGACCGAAACUGGGCCCAUAAGCACAAUGUACAGGUUUGAUACAGAGGAACAUUUAUGGACCCAGAUGAAGUUUUUCUCCCCAAGUCCCCCAGCAAGGCUAGAUCAUUCCAUGUGUCUUGUUCCUUGGAAAACAAGGAAAGAGACUUCUGCUGAGGACCAUGAGCCGCAGACGUCUGUGCCAAUCUGCCUCAUCUUUGGUGGCAUGGACACUGCUGGGGAGCUCUUCAAUGACUGCUAUGUCACUGCACUACAAGAGUAGAAGAAUAGCAGCGGUGGAGUCUAAAGUUUUUCAGACCUCAGGUCAUUUCAUUUCCAAUUUUCACCAGAAUUGCAGAUGAUACCGUGAGGAUUGGCAGCUUAUGUGUAAAAUGUAAUACGUGUACCUCUGCAACAAUUUUUUUUAUGUUUUGUUAUAUUGAGUUUAAGCAAAUAGUCUUAGAAAACAAUCUACUGUAAGGUUUGAAGUCACAUUCACAGCAAGUGACGUGA